AUGGGUGUAGGACGCCGUAUGAAGAAGCAAGGUCCCCCAGCGACUCUCGAGGAACUGGGGAUCAGUUUGAAGCGCAAGUCAACCACCCAAGAGCCCGACAAACCCUCCCGAAAACGAAGGAAGUCGGACGAGAAACCGCCCGUGUCUGUGAAUGCCUCAAAGAAACUCGUCAACCUCGACCGGGCCUUUCGGAAUGACACUGUUACGGCGCCGGCUAAGACAAAUGCGAAGAGGAAAGCCAAAUUUGUCAACAACGAUGCACAAAUAACCGUCCCUCCUUCCAUACCUGCUGCUUCCGAGGGGGUGGAUGGGGACGAGGAGGACGCAGGCGAAGAGAGCGAUCUCAAUGCUACCGAAGUUGCACUGAAUACUGUCUCUUCAUCUGGCCUGGAGGACGAAGGCGAAGACGAGGAUGACGAACUGGUGCAGGCAGACCUCGAUGGUGAAAUUUCUGACGACUCCGUCUUCGACUCGGACCAAGAAGAACGACCGCGCCGCAUGUUUUCCGACGACGAGGGCGAAUCUGACGCCGAAGCAAAACUCACUGCUGCUAACAUCGAAGGCCUUUCGCGAAAACUUGACCAAAAACAGGCAAAAGAGGACGCAGAAGCGCAGCAAGAGUUGGAAGACGCAGCGCUACAGACAAAUAUUGCCAAAGACGACGGUGUGCUGGAUUCGGUGACCUCGCAGGGCCUUGCUCCCGAUCUAUCCAUCAUUCGCACGAGAAUGACUGAGACCAUCCGUAUCUUGGGCAAUUUCUCACAGCUGGCCGACAAAGCCAAAUCGCGAACUGACUACACCGAGCAGCUGCUCUCCGACAUCUGCGUAUACUAUGGCUAUACCCGAUUUCUAGCCGAAAAGCUGUUCGCGCUCUUUACCCCGGCCGAAGCAUUUGCCUUCUUUGAAGCCAACGAAACACCUCGGCCGGUCGUCCUCCGCACAAAUACCCUGCGCACAAAUCGGCGUACGCUUGCCCAAGCAUUGAUCAAUCGAGGAGUUGUCUUGGAGCCGGUCGGGAAAUGGUCCAAAGUCGGUCUUCAGGUUUUCGAGGCACCUGUACCGCUAGGUGCAACGCCCGAGUAUCUCGCCGGGCAUUAUAUCCUUCAAGCCGCUUCGUCAUUCCUCCCAGUGAUGGCCCUUGCCCCUCAACCCAAUGAGCGCAUUCUAGACAUGGCUGCUGCUCCAGGCGGAAAGACCACCUAUAUUUCGGCUUUGAUGCGGAAUACCGGCGUGGUGUUUGCCAACGACGCCAACCGCCAGCGAGCCAAAGGUCUUAUCGGUAACAUCCACCGACUUGGAUGCAAAAACACCAUUGUCUGUAAUUAUGAUGCACAAAAAGCUUUUCCCAAAGUCCUCGGCGGUUUCGAUCGUGUUCUACUAGAUGCACCCUGCUCAGGUACGGGUGUCAUCGGCAAAGAUCCCAGUGUGAAGACGUCCAAAAACGAACGUGAUUUCCUGGCUCUGCCACACUUGCAGAAACAACUUCUCCUGGCAGCCAUUGACUCGACAGACCACAACAGCAAAACGGGUGGCUAUAUUGUCUAUUCCACCUGCUCAGUCACCGUUGAAGAGAAUGAGGGUGUGGUCCAAUACAUCUUGAGGAAACGACCGAAUGUCAAAAUCGUCGAUACGGGACUGGGCAAUUUUGGAUCCGAAGGGUUCACGAAAUACAUGAACAAGAAGUUCGACGACAGGAUGAAAUUGACGAGACGGUACUUCCCUCAUCGAGAGAAUGUGGACGGGUUCUUUGUGUGCAAGUUGAAGAAAACGGGGCCUACGCCGAAGAACGUGGGCAAGAUGAACGGAGUUGACGAAUCAGAGUCGGCCACAAUCGUCAACGGAGAUGGAAAACCAACUGCCAAUGGUGUUGGGGGUGAGGAGCUGGCGGUCGUUGCGCAUGAUGAUUUCGGCGGGUUCAAUGACGAGGAAGACAAGGAACUCAUUGAGCGGGCAGAGAAGAAAUGGCUGAAAGCCAGAGGGCUGGACCCGAGAGUUGCGGAUCGCGAAAAGCAGGGACAGAGCAAGGAGAAGCAGCAAAGGAAAGUUGGCGUCGAGGUCAAGCAGAAGGGCAGGAAGGCAAAGGAGAAGGUGAAGGCGAAGAAAUGA